AUGUCAAUGCAAGAACAAGAGCGUGCGUUAUUGGACGAUUUACUGUAUGUCUUUAUGGGCUUCGAGGGACAGUAUGUCCGAUUCCAUGAUAGCUAUGAUCCCGCUGAGGAGAAAGACCGCUUGAAUGGGCCAUCAUUUCAUCCACUUCCAGGUCUUGAUCCCAGCCUGAGGGAUUUGACAAGUUCUAUGCUUUCGAUGGCUACCCAUCACUGCGCGAUAGAGGCUUUCAUCGAGGUCCAAAGUAGGGAAGAAUUCGGCUCCGUCAACCACGCGCUUUGUGCCGCCAUCCGGAAGCUGUUGAAAGACUAUCUCAUCUUGAUUGCACAGCUGGAGAUGAAAGUCCUCACUGACCCAAACUUCACACUACAUCAAAUGCACAUCGCGGUCAUCCCAACCGCGCAGUGUCUAGCUCAACUGUACUCUCUUGCCCAGGAAUUGUUAAAGAAGAAUUCUUUGCUGGAAGAGGACAUCGAUGACUCUAUUGACGACUUCGACGCCGACAAUAUCAUUGAGCGACUAAAGGAAGGCGGUGAUCUACUUCCGGGCAGUCUUAGCAAGAAACGGUGUAUAGGUGGCAACGUUUUGGGUCUAUUGACAACCAGACUUUCCACGUUCUCUGGAGAUCCGGCCGCUCGAUCCAUCCUGGAGAUGCUGUUACGGGAAGCAAGCAGACCUUACAUGGUGAUGCUGAAUGAAUGGGUACAUCACGGCGGUAUCCACGAUCCGCAUUCGGAAUUCUUGAUCGGAGAGAGGGCCAGCAUCAAGCGCGAACGCCUCGACGAAGAUUACACAGAUGAGUACUGGGAGAAACGGUACUAUAUCCGCGAAAAAGAAAUCCCACCUCAGCUAGAAUCAGUUCGAGAUAAGGUGCUUCUGGCUGGAAAGUAUCUCAACGUGGUUCGGGAGUGCGGUGGUGUCAAUAUCAGCAGCAAAAUUGAUGACACUCCGGCAACGUUUGAUGACCCGCGAUUUCUCGAUAAUGUCAACAAUGCCUAUUCCUUCGCGAACAAGGAGUUGCUCCAAUUGCUCCUUACGAAGAAUUCGCUGCGAAGUCGGUUACGGUCGAUGAAGCACUAUUUCUUCCUUGACCGAGCGGAAUUUUUCCUGUACUUCCUCGAACUCAGCGAUUCAGAGCUUCGGAAAAAGAAUCGGGAUGUCAACGUCGGAAAGCUUCAGUCUUUACUGGAUUUGGUCCUCCACCAACCGGGCAGCAUCGCAGUAGCAGACCCGUUUAAGGAGGAUGUGAAGGUGAAAAUGAAUUCGGUAGGCCUGACACAAUGGCUGAUCAAGGUCGUCAAUUUGCAAGGCAUGGACCAGGACAAUCCAGAUUCGAUGAUGGACCAAUACAAGACGCCGGCUGCUGCACAGGCUUCUAUGACUGAAAAGUUGAAGGAUGAGAAGAAAAAAGAGGAAGAGAAGGACAUUAUCGGAUUCGAAGCACUAGAGCUUGACUAUUCUGUGCCCUUUCCGCUCUCCCUCAUCAUCAGCCGAAAGACGGUUUCGCGAUAUCAACUGAUCUUCCGGUACACCCUCGCGCUGCGUCAUCUCGAAACCCAGCUGGUGGGUUGCUGGUCGACUCAUACGAAGGACAAGGCGUGGAUCCACAAGUCCUCUGAUAAGAGGUUUGAGUUGUGGAAGCGGCGGGUGUGGACGUUGCGUUCCCGAAUGCUUGUCUUCGUUCAACAAAUGCUCUUCUUUGCCACUGCGGAAGUAAUUGAACCAAACUGGCAAAAGCUCAUGGUGAAGGUCGACGAUGCAGAACGUGAUGAUUUUGAAGAGGUCAGGCCAGGGCUCAAUCCGAAAACAAAGCCAACAGUGGAUGAAUUGAUGCAAGAUCAUGUCGACAUGCUGGACUCUUGCAUGAAGGAUCUUGGAUUGACGCAAGCGAAAUUGCUCCGUCUGCACGCGAAGCUCAUGACCGGGUGUGGGAUGUUUGCCUCCUACGUUGAGCAUGUCACCAAGUCGAUCUAUGAAGCUGACACGAGUCUUCAAUCUAAACCUGUCAAGCCCGGGGCAGAUGUAUCUCCGGCAGCGCCCACAGAUCCAGCACGAAUGAAGAGGAUAGAAGAGUCGAUCAGGAAAUACGAAGAGCACUUCAAUAGGCAUCUGAAGAUCUUGAUUGAUGCCCUCAACUGGUUCGCAACCACCGAGACGGUCUCUUUGCUCAGUCUCUGCGGAAGGUUGACGAAUGCUGAAGUUCAGAAGCGAGAUGAUUUAUUUCUUUGA